GUGGUGUCUGAGGUGCAGAUUUUAAUACCACACGGGCAAAGCUACAGAAGCCGGCUUCGCUCUUGUUAGCAUAGACGGUAGCUAGCCGACGAGCAUUCACUUUUUUGUUGUGUUGUUGCUAAUGCUAGCUAGAUAGCUAGCACCACUAACAAGGUGUGAAGCCAGAGAAACCGGCAACCAUGGGGGCUUAUUUGUCGCAACCGAACACGACCAAGACCUCUUCCGAUGGCGGCAACGGCACCAUGAGCUACGGCUUCUCGGCUAUGCAGGGCUGGCGUGUUUCCAUGGAGGAUGCACACAAUUGUAUCCCGGAGUUCGACGAGGAGACCGCCAUGUUUUCUGUGUAUGAUGGACAUGGAGGAGAAGAGGUGGCCCUUUACUGUUCAAAGUACCUUCCUGAUAUCAUCAAGGAGCAGAAGACGUAUAAAGACGGCAAACUGCAGAAGGCGCUGGAGGAUGCCUUCUUGGCCAUCGACCGCAGAAUCACGACAGAGGACGUUAUUAAAGAGCUGGUCCAGAUCGCUGGGCGUCCCAUUGAGGAGCCGCCCAUUAAAAAGGUGGCAGACGAAGACGACUUGGACACAGAGGAGGCAGCUCUGCUUCACGAAGAAGCCACCAUGACCAUUGAGGAGCUGCUAGUGCGUUACGGCCAGAAUAAGAACGCCAGCAAGCAAGCUUCUGCUGUCAGUGCGGCUGUAAAGAAGGCAUCGGGCCAGCCUCCUGAGUCCUCUGGACACAAAGGGGAAGGCGAUGAAGGGCCUAAGAAGGAGGGUGUUAACGGAGAGCUGGAGGACGAGAGCAAUGGGAAGGGGAAGGACGACAACGAAGCAUCAACGUGCGACUCCAAUGCCUCUCCAGUAGUGGCUGCCAACAAAGGGUCUACCGCAGCGUCAGACUGUGGCGGCUCCGGAAGCGCCAAUGGGGAAGAAAAAGCCACCAAGGCUGAGGUAGAUGCAGGCCCUUCCUGUUCCUCAUCCACCAAAGCUGGAGCCGAUUCCAAGUCGAGAUUCUUUGACAGCGGGGAGUCAGAGGAGGAUGGGGAAGAAGAAGAAGAGGAAGAGGAGGAGGGCAGCAAUGAAGAGGAUGUCAGUGAAGACGAAGAAGGAGAGGCCGACAGCAGUGAAUUGGAAGAGGAAGAUACUGAAGAAGGAGAGGAAGACUCAGAGGAUGAAGAUGAGGAGGGGAUGUGUCUACCCGGAAUGGAUGGCAAGGAAGAGCCGGGCUCAGACAGCGGUACCACGGCUGUUGUGGCUCUGAUCCGAGGCAAGCAGCUGAUUGUGGCCAACGCUGGAGACUCUCGCUGUGUGGUGUCCGAGCGAGGAAAAGCUGUUGACAUGUCUUAUGACCACAAACCCGAGGAUGAGGUGGAGCUGGCUCGCAUUAAAAAGGCUGGAGGCAAAGUCACCAUGGACGGACGGGUCAAUGGUGGACUCAACCUCUCCAGGGCCAUUGGCGAUCAUUUCUACAAGAGGAACAAGGUUCUCACGCCAGAGGAGCAGAUGAUUUCGGCCAUGCCCGACGUGAAGGUCCUCACUCUCAACGAGGACCACGAUUUCAUGGUCAUCGCCUGUGAUGGCAUCUGGAAUGUGUUGAGCAGUCAGGAGGUGGUCGACUUCAUCAGUGAGAGGAUCAAACCAGACCAGAGUGGUAUCGCCAGACCCCUUUCGGCGAUUGUGGAGGAGCUGUUGGACCAUUGUUUGGCCCCUGACACAACUGGAGACGGGACAGGCUGUGACAACAUGACCUGCAUCAUCAUCACCUUGAGGCCGCACCCUUCGCCAGUUCAGAGCCAGGCGGACGACACGAAGAAGAGGAAGCACCCAGAAAAGGAGAAGGAGGAAGCAGACGGAGAAACCGCUCCUGAGAAGAACGGGAACGACAGCAAAAAGGCCAAAAGUGAGCAGAGCUAAAGAGAACUGUCACCCGGGCUUACUCAAGUCACCGCAGCAGAGAAAAUGAAGUCUUGACCUAUCACAAAAGAUCUCUUCGCCCUUAAAACCGAAUCGACACAAGCUCCAGUGUGCUUCUGUUUUAGGGUGGCCCCUCACUUUUAGUUGUUUGCUCUCUUUGGAAAGUGUCUAUUUUCCAAGCUACAUUUGUAGCAAGUUAAUUCCUGACUCUUAGCAGCUGUUUUCCCCCCUACCUCGCAAUUGCACACUUUUGUCGAGAUGGAAGUUUGACGAUACUUCCCGAUUCUGUUCAUUUUUCAAACAGCUGCGGUCACAGCCUCACUGCCAAGUGCCAUAAAAGCUAAGAUUGGUCUGCAUGCAGAGAGCAGAGGCCAUGUUUGAUGUGACCAAGUGGAUGUUUGAGUUCAGCGCUGCAUUUAAUUUUCCUCUCUCCCCCUUUUCAUUCCUACUUGUCGUCGUUUAAAUGUCUAAUGCAGAGUAAUUGCCGGGAUUUUUUGGCGGCAAGAAAAUAUAUCUCCUGAUAUCUAAUACGUCCAUUCAAACUCUUUGAUUACAUCCUAUAGCUUUCAAAGAUAUAACUUUUUUUAUACAUAGACUAGGACCUAUUUUAAGUAAAGACCAUUUCUACAGCAUAUUUUUAAGGUCUUCUCCCCCACUCGAAGCCAAUCAUUGAACGUUUAGUUAUGAAGAUCAUGCGCCUAUUUUUGUUUGAUUGGUACGAUUUAGAAGUGUGGUGUAACUAUCAAAGGUUUUUUCCCCCCCGCCAUUAAAUCUUUGUGACUGUACGUUUGCUUCCAGUGUACUACAUACUCCCCCUCCCCAUCAUCCCUCAUGUACAUAGAUUUUUCUUUUCUCUCUGACAAAGAAUGCUUUUUGUUUGCAACUGUAAGUCAGUGUUAACAUUUUUGGUGCGUUCUCUUUUGACACCUGUAUGUAAAUACAUACAAAUAAAUUUUUUUAAGUACCGGUA